AUGGAGUUCGACAAGCUAGAGGCCAACGACCCGAGGGUCACGCCGGACACAGCUUCUAUCCGUGGCAAAACAUACCACUAUCUGCGGGCUGAUCCGGAAACAGAGCCCCUUGCAACAAUCUUCCUCAUCCACGGAUUUCCAGAUCUGGGCUUCGGCUGGCGAUACCAGAUUCCGCAUUUCGCAUCACUGGGCUAUCAGGUCGUGGCGCCGGACAUGCUCGGCUUCGGCGAUACUGAUGCACCUGACCAGCCGAGCCAGUAUGCGUUGAAGAGCAUUGCCGAAGACAUCAAAGAACUGGCAAACGCGAUUGUCAAAGACAAAAGAAUCAUCCUUGGUGGACAUGACUGGGGUGGCGCCGUGGUCUGGCGCACUGCCAUGUGGUUUCCCAGUCUUGUUCAGGGCGUCUUCAGCAUCGGCACCCCUUUCACUCCGCCUUCGUCGGUCUUUCUUUCACCAGACGAUGCUGCUCGUAGCAAAGGUCUGAUAAAUUCGAGGUACCAGUCACAAUUUAGGGGUACCGAGAUCGAAGACAAGAUAAGGGACGAAGAAAGGGUUCGACAAUUUCUCAAUGCCAUGUUUAGAGGGACCAGCCCUGAGGGUGAGGUCGGAUUCAGCGUCACAGAGGGCGUUCUCUUUGGCAACCUCCCUAAACUGGGCCAAUCCCGACUCAUCUCGGGCGAUGAUCUGGACCAUUAUACUUCAAAGUAUUUUCGAAAGGGAGAACCUAAGCUGAAGGGGCCCCUCAACUGGUAUCGCACACGCGCGCACAAUUAUUUUGACGAGCUGCAACUCUUGCUAAAGCCGAUCAAGUUUUCUAUGCCAGCGCUCUUUCUCGCUGCUACGAGGGACGAAGAAUCACCACCGAGCAUGUCGGAUGGGAUGGACCAAUACUUUGAGGACUUGACUCGUGGGGAGGUCGAAGCAUCCCACUGGGCUCUAUGGGAAUCACCUGCCGAGGUCAACAAGCAGGUAUCGGCGUGGUUGGAGGUGCUGAGACAAGAUUCGCAACAGACAUAA